CAAGCACACACCGGGUAAAUACUCCACGCGAAUCAGGUAAGUCAUCACCACCUAUACAUGAUAGUUUGAAAUGAAACAUGGAAACUCGGAAAGAUCUGCCUGAAUCUGCGUGUUGAGAGCGUCUUUCUCUGGAACUCGUGGUCCAGCCUCACGCGUAACUAUGGUGUUCGUUGAUCCCCGGGUUGAUACCGUUUGAGCUGAUUUCUUGGUGUACUUAGGUUAGAUUUCAGUGUUGAUCCUGUUUCCGACCUCGGAUUCGGAACUGGUAUGCUGAAUGAACCGUAAUCGAAACGUAUUCGUGUGGGGUACAGUUCACCUACGAAUUGGUUUUUGUGAAACGAUUGCUGUUUCAACGCUUUGAUUUCUGGAAGCGAAGACCUCUCUGGUGCUCGCUUAGACGCGUUGAUUGAUUUUAGGGUAAAAUUUCGAUUGAUUUUGAGCAGGGAAGGUUUCGAACAUUGUUCAUCGCCAUUCCAUGGUGAGGAAGAAGUGUGUGGAACCUCUAACUGUGCGCAAUACUAGGUCCAGAUUUGUCCCCCCUUUCUGACAUUGAUGUUGAGAUUCUCCCUAGAAAUGGAGUCAAGCAACCUGGUACUGCAAAUAAUGAGGCAGAACUAACUGCUGUAGGGGCCUCGCCUGGUCCUUCUGGGGCGAUUGGAACUGCUGCUAUGGAAACGAAGAAGGCAACAAAUACAGGGACUUAUGAAUCUUCCUCUAGGCUUACCAGGUCAAGAGGUGGUAGCUUUGACAUUCUGCAAGAUUGUGAUGAAGAGUUCCCUGCUUUGAUAAACGUUUCUGCUAACAAAUCAUUCAUGAAGAAACCUGCUGUGAAUUCUGAAGCCAUCUGUGAUGUGAACUCUGCUGCGACCAAGGUCCAAGGUGCGGAUACUGAAUCUAUUCAAGCUGCUGCUAAUGGUCACAAAGAUGGAAAUAAUUCUGCAAAAAAGACCGGUGCUCCCCAGGUCGUGGAAAAUACUUUCAAGGCUGCUCCAGAUAAAUUAACACAAAGCUUAGGAAUUGCUGGGACUAAAUCUGCUGCAAAAAUCCCAGGUCCUCCUGGGACUGUUAUGGCUACUGAAAAUAAUGAACUGAUUUCCCAAAGUGCAGAAGAUGUUGGACAGAACAUGGGGAGUGCUGAUGCACAUAUGCAGGCCACUUCUAAUCCGUUGAAAGCUGCAGGUGUUGGACAAGUUAAUGGCAGUGAAGUGCAAAAACUGUGGUCUUCACUUUUCAAAGACAAUCGUGACCCUUCCAAUGGAUUGAAAUUGAGGUAUAUCCCGCCGAAAGGCACUUCUUUAGAUUUUACGGAUAGAGUUUUACCCUCUAUGGUUGACAUGUGGGAAUUUUGUCUUGUGGGGUUCCUUACCGGGAAAUUUCCGAGCCUUAAAGCAGUCCAUAACUUGAAGAAUACUUGGGGAGUUAGCUGAAUUGUUGACACACAUAGAAAAGGAUGGAUUAUUUUCAAAUUUAAAAAUGAUGAAGAUAGGUCAAAAGUGUUGAAUGGAGGUCCUUAUACCAUCUUUGGUAUGCAACUCAUGUUAAAAACACUUUCGGAAGACUUUUCCUUUGAUGAUGAUGAAUUUCUCAAAGUUCCCAUUUGGGUAAAAUUUCCUAAUCUACAUUUGAAACUUUGGAAUGAGGAGGCCAUGAGUGAGGUUGCAUCUAUGGUAGAGGUCCCACUUUCUACGGACAAAAUUACCCAAAAUAGAAGCAAUUACCACUUUGCUAAAGUUCUGAUUGAGGUUGAUGUUUCUAAACCACCCCCGUUAUCAUUUCCCAUACGAUUACCCUCCCGUAAGGUAGUCAACCAAAUGGUGGUUUAUGAAACUUUCCCCAACUUUUGUUUCCACCGUAAAAUGUAUGGGCACAACCCAUUUAUUUGCAAGAAAUUGGCAGCAAAAGAACAGGAUGAGACUAUUAUUGAAAAGGAAAAGAAAAAUGGUAAUGAUGCUAUUCAAGUCGCACCAAAGGAUAAGGGAAAAGAAAAAAUUGUGAAGGAGGCCGAAGAAAGGGGUAUUGAAGAGGGGGUGAGGGGUGAGGUUAGGACAAAAACGGCCCCGCCCGAGACAACUACACCGCAUGAACCGGCUGCCUUGCCGGAACCAGAGGGGGAGGAGAAUUCAAAGGAAGAGGAAUCGAAUGAAGAGGAUUCUUUCUCGGAUGAGGAGGAACAGAAAAUUCUUGAUGAAUUUUGGGAAAAAAUCAACCAAUAUAGGGAGACAAAGAAGCGGAGGGAAGCUGGUCCUGAUCAAAUAGGGUUAGGCUAAUUUCUUUACUUGAUGAUUGUUUUUGAACUUGGUUUAUCCGAUUAGGUGGAUAUGGGGGUUGUCCCAUUAUUUUGAUGAUGCAUUAUGUUUAGGUUAGAUUUAUCUAACUUAGAUAGCUUCUUCUUCUUAGAGUUUGUGUGAUACAUUGUAAAAUGUUAUUUUUGGGUGUUUUAUAUAUACUUACAUUUCAUCCAAAAAAAAUUGAAAUGAAACAUGGAAGUCUAGCUAUCUAUGAAUGGGAUAGAUUUGCUUGAACACUUGAAUUUGUAUGGCAUAAGAUUAUGUGAAUGCCCUGUUAUGUAUAUAUGCUCGUAGGUGAUGUUGAUUGAG